AUGUCCUAUGGAGGAAAUCAAGUUUCGAGCAGAGACCUAGAGCUCUACAAGGACAUGAUAAUUCGUCUUUACUGGUGCGAGGACAGGACGUUGAGGGAAGUGAUGCAUAUCAUGAAAACUGAGCACCGCUUCCACGCCACGACGAGAAUGUACAAGUCUAAAUUCAAGGAAUGGGGCCUGGCCAAGUACCUAAGUCAACAGGAAGAGCAUCGUAUCAGAGCGCAGAUCUAUACUGGCACCCAGAUGCAUCCACGUACGAUCCAUGGACGUGUAGUUGGCUCUAAGAGAUUCGAGAAAGCGCUGCACCAGGACCGCUCAAUGAUAGAUGCCAUGCGUCGGGUACCGACGGUUUCAUCGUUCCCGACAUCAUCGCAUUGUUUACAAGCACCAACGGUUCUUUAUCAAGCCGAGAGUGCGAUUCAUGCCAUGCACGCUUAUACAGACUUUUGUUUCGAGACUUUGGUAUGGGAGUUGGCCAGUCAUGAGUUCAAUGAUAGCCUAGAGCGAGCCUCUUCAUGGUGGAUGUGUAUCAGACGAGCGGCGAGAUUAUUAGAGCAGCAGCGCGAUUCUCCAGAUGGGUUUCGAUUGCUCCACAUCUGUCUUGACAGAUAUGGCCAACUACUCAUCCUUCAAGACCCUAUAUUCUUGACUGCCACUCUAUCAGCGGUCCUCCAACUCGAUGCCAUAGGACGCGAGCUUGCUGAGUCGCUCGUGAGAUACGUUGUGGGCCUCAGCGAAAUCAAGCUGGGUCUUGCUCAUCCAUUGACUGUGCUCUGGAGUCAACUAAGGGCCACCGGCGUGUCGCGGGCUCAUAAUCUUGCAAGCGUGGCUCUUAGAGCUCAUUAUGAUAGCCUCGCGCACCAUUUGGAGCCGGGUCCAGGUGCCAUCACGGUCUUCCAAGUGCGUGGCCUACGGCAGCUUGCACUAUUCGGAAAGACACCAGUUAAAGCAGUUGAGGAAAAGUUCGUUGAGCUGCUAGCGGACCUUGAAGGUAGUGAUACAAGGUCUAACGUUGAUGAUGUUCUCAUCGAUUUCGUCGGCGCGACGCGAACAAAGCUGGUCGAGGAAUCGAUCAAGCACGCUCGGGCUCAUGGCAGCUUUUGGGUGGCACCUGAACGACUCGAGGACAACCAAAAUAGUUUGAUCUUCUAUCAGAAGAUUAGAAAGGAGAUAACGAAGGAGCUCAGUACGAAUCCAAAGCCGGCAGUGCUCGGCGAGCUGUUGCAGGGCUCUACGAUCGAAAAGCAGACCGAGGAAAUCUACAGACUCACGGACCAGCUCCUUGACGUAUAUCGGCAUCAUCUCUUCACAAAUAACAAAGAAAGUGCCGUAAGGUGUGGUCUCAGGCUCAAACGGAUUUCACAAUAUCUUAUGGCUGGAAUCAAGCCUCUAGCUCCGCAGCUAAGCGCGAAACGACUAAAAGAAUAUAAUAAUCACGGCUUUUGA